AUGGCUGCCCACGAUCUAGUCUGCGCUGGGGUGCGCCGAAGGAUUGGAAACGAGAAGGAGACAUUGAUAUGGGGCCACCCAUGGUUAUCUGAUGACCCCAGCCCUUUGGUUCAAACACUCAUGCCUGAUGAGUUAAGGGAAGCAUUAGUGGUUGGCCUAAUUGAUCAAGAUACGAAUACCUGGGAUCUACAUAUUCUCUCUGAUUUAUUCAUUCCUGAGGAUGUAGCCCGGAUUUCAAGGAUACCUGUAAGUCCAGAUUAUGACGACUCAUGGUAUUGGGUGGGGGACACACAAGGAAUAUACACGGUUAAAAAUGCCUACAGGCGUAUUAUGGGGGAUUAUAUUGAUAACCUAGGAGAUUUUGAUAAAUGGGUUACAUUAUGGAGAUUAAAAGUGCCACCUAAAUGGAAAACCUUUUUGUGGAGAGCUGUUUCUGGCAUACUUCCCACCACUGAUAAUUUGAUUAUUAAAAGGGUAGAGGUGGAUCCUAUAUGCCCAAUGUGUGGCCACAUGCCCAAUUUGUGGCCACGCACAUGA